UGAACGGGACCUACUGCUCAGAGAAGGAUGCGAACGCUGAGCUGGGCAAUGCCGAGGGCCCCCUGAUGCGAUGUGGGCAGAGCCUGCUGCUUCCAGCGGGGGGUCAUUCGGAGGGGCUUUACUCCCAGAGCCUCCAGUGCAGCAGACCUACACCUGACCUCCUUCUGCAGGAUGGGCCUCAUCAAGACGAGAGCUCGAUGGGCUACAAGAUCUCCAACGUGGAGUCUUCAUCUCAGGCUGGAUUUCAGGCCCACGUUGCGGGCCAAGUUUUGGAGGUGGCCAGGGAUGAGAUGGUUGGAUCGCUGCGUGUUAGCAACAACGGUAAUGGCGUAUGUGCAGUGAGCGGUGUAGGUAGCGCUGUGCCAGGAGACGCAGGACAACCGUUUAAUAAUGAAGAUGGCUCCUCCCCGCUGGCUUUGUCUCCGAUUGGCUCCCGUCAUUCAGCGCGGCUGCUCAGCGCUGGCAGUCUGAAGAGACGCUGCCUGUCCCUGGCCUCGCAAUCCACCGCCGCCGCUGCCACCGCUUCCCCAUCAGCUGUUGGCACCGCUUCUGAGGAGAUCAAUAUCACCGCAAUCAUCUGCUCCUCCUCCCAGAUGUCGAUGGUCGCCUGCGUCAACGGGUUCCGUACUAACCUCUCGCCAAGCAACACCAGCAGCGCCGGCUUCUCCUCCUCCUCCUCCUCCUCUACUGCUUCCCCACCCUCUAACUCCUGCUCACGGGAAGCCCCCCAGAGGCCCCCACCACACAGCAGCCCCCAGCAGGCUGCACUACAGGAGAGCUGUCAGCUGUCCUCACCUGCCACCUGCCUGUUGUCUCUUUCCUCUUCCUCAUCCUCUUCUUCAGUUUCAUUAGGGGAGCCGGAGCAAGGCCGAGGGCAGAGCCUGGGGCUGUGCGAGGAGCAGGGCUCCAUGCUGCAGGGGCGUGGGGCUGGAGGAACAGCUGAGGGAGGAGGAGGAGGAGGCUCAGACGGGUUGGGGCUACUGAUGAGCGGGGCCCUGAUGUCUGGGACUCUGCAUUUGGGGCCUCAGGGUGGGGGUCUCCCAGAUGGGGGCCAAAGAUCUGGGGCUGUCCUUAAGCAGGAACCGCUCGAUGACUUCUCUCCCAGCGAAGACAAACUCUUUCAGCACCACUAUCAUCAUCACCAUCACUUAAGUGGGCGCAGUGGGAAUCUUCGUCACGCUCACCACCCGCCUCGAUCGGCCAUGCCUCCGCCUUACCACUUGCACCAAUAUGUGGGGCCCACUCCCAACGGUCCGCUGCACCAUCACAACCAGCAGACAACUCCGGGCUCUUCCCUCGGACUCAAACCAACGUCAGGAGGCCCCGCGGUGGCCCACGCAGCCCCCGAGCCGGAAGAAGUCGGAGGAGGAGGGCUGGUGGAUAAACAGGUGUGUCGCUGGAUCGACUGCAGUGCUGCUUUUGAGCAGCAGGAGGAGCUUGUGAGACAUAUUGAAAAGGUCCACAUCGACCAACGCAAAGGUGAGGACUUCACCUGUUUCUGGGCUGGCUGUAUUCGGCGCUACAAGCCCUUCAAUGCACGCUACAAGCUGCUCAUUCACAUGAGGGUCCAUUCUGGAGAGAAACCCAAC